AUGGGUCGACGACCUGCAAGGUGUUAUCGAUAUAUCAAAAACAAACCCUAUCCAAAGUCUCGAUUCUGUCGAGGUGUACCGGAUCCUAAAAUUCGUAUUUUUGAUUUGGGGAAAAAAAAAGCAACGGUAGAUGAAUUUCCUUUGUGUGUACACUUGAUGUCCAAUGAACGCGAACAUCUUUCAUCUGAGGCACUUGAGGCUGCUCGUAUCUGUGCAAACAAAUAUAUGGUGAAAAACUGUGGAAAAGAUGGUUUUCACAUGCGUGUUCGUAAACACCCAUAUCACGUUGUGCGGAUUAAUAAAAUGUUGUCUUGUGCUGGUGCAGAUCGUUUACAAACUGGCAUGCGUGGAGCCUUUGGGAAACCGCAGGGCUUGGUUGCAAGAGUUGAUAUUGGUGAUAUAUUAAUAUCAGUUCGAGUAAAAGAACAGGUUUGUACCGCUUUACAUGUCGGGAAAUUAAAGCAAAAAUUUGUGGAAGCUUUUCGGAGGGCGAAAUUCAAGUUUCCUGGUCGUCAACUUGUUGUUGUGUCAAGAAAAUGGGGCUUCACUAAAUGGGAUAAACAAGAUUACGAAAGAAUGCGUGAGGAAGGGCGUUUGGUGCCAGAUGGUGCUACAUGCAAACUUGUUCGGGAGCACGGUCCUUUAUCUAAGUGGAUUAAUUAUCCCAUAUAA